AUGUAUUCUGAAGGUCGUUGGGAGGACUUUACGUUUGAAGCACCAAAGAAGACCCUCUUUCUUUCUUUGCCAAAUAGCAUUAUGGAGCAUAUUUGUCGCUAUUUGACAAAUCUAAAAGACAAAAGAGAGGCCUGUUUAAUACACCCGCGUUGGAGCACAGCAGCACAAAAAGUGUUAUGGGAGAAACCAAGAAUACACUUGCCAGAAAGCUUCCGCAUAUUUAUAAAGACUAUCAGCACUAUCAACAAAACAGCACUUUUGGUCAAAGAUAUGCAGUUAACCUUGCUUGAUCAUGUAGAUGACUUAUUUGAACCCAUUGUCAAAUCAACACAAGAUCGACAUCAAAACUUUCAUUACUUUGGACCAGAUUUAUUCAUCAAGAUUGCCACAGUUUGUGAAAACUUGACCAAUCUCACUAUUUAUGGAUGGAAUUUGAAAUCAAAGGAUAUAGAAACAAUCGCCGCCGUAGCCAGAAAUUUGAAAUCAUUGUACAUCAUAGGCGCGUGUACCAUACCUAACGAUGGAUUAUCUGGUCCCAUUGUUCUCAACAGUUGCUUGCCUCGCCUGACUGAGCUUAGAUUGGAUGGCGACUUCAGAUUGACUUCAGAAUGGGCCAAUACACUGGCCAACAGGGCCAAUAGCCUGACUCACUUACAAAUCUCUCUCAAGGGCAUGCAGCAAUACACUUUGGAAAUCUUGUGUAAUGGACGUCUAAAACUAAAAAAGUUGAUCUUGACAGAUGCAGUGCCUCUUGUGGACAAUUUGGUCUAUAAGAUACUAGAGGCUUUUCCUGAUCUUACACGCUUUUGUAUUGAGGGAUCAAAGAAUUUGACUUGUAUGGCCAUUGCUCAUGUUUUGAGAUGCUGCCCUCGUCUCGAGGAUUUAGAGAUACGUGCUAGACCAGAUACGUUGAAAAACUGUCGUCAUUUGGAAGAAGAUCUAAUUCGCCUUCAACAAUAUUUCCAGUCUUACAAUGCAGCUCAAAUGGCUAGACCAGCUCGUCUCUUAUUGGAAAAUAUGACAAUCACUGAUCUUCAAAUGCGUGUAUUAAGCCCUUGUCUCCAACACAUUCAGAUCCUUGGGUUCAAGAGUUGUCAAGAACUCACCAAUGAAGGUCUAGAGGUGUCUUUGAUUGACACACAUUCACCUGUGAAAUACCUGCGUGUGAUUCAGUUGAUUCAAUGUUCUCGAAUUGAUUCAAACAUCUUAUUAGCCUUUUCUCGCUCUCAGUAUAUUACCAAAUCAUUGAUGCGUGUUCAUAUGGAUGCUUGCGGUAAAGUAGUCCCUAGAGACAUCUACAAUCUAUCCCGCAGUGGUGCUCAGCACAAUUUGCGUCAAAUUUGUUUGGUCAAUUAUGACAGCAUUCAGCAUUCUGUGAUUGGCAGUUUCAAUGAAGAAGUGGAAUACAAGUCCAAGAUCAUAUUGAAUAGUGCCAAUAUAGAUGCCUUGUCUCAUUCUACAGACCCUGAAUUACUCCCAGUGCCUACUGAUCGUUAUAUCACUGGUCCUCAACUGAUCAUUUUGGCCAAGAGACUCAAUAUGGCCUUGAAUCAAUUACAAGAGCUUUUGGAUGAUGUUGAAGAAGAAGAACAACAAGGGAAAGAAAAACAAACAUACGAGACUGAUCAUAAACCCAACCCACCAAAAUUGGAUAAUAACCGACUCUCUGCAUUAAAGAAUCAACAAAGACCCCCUACACCUGCUCUUUGGUUAAAUGAUCUCAAGACAAAUGGUAGCAUUCCAAUGGCUACACCUAAAGACAAUAGACUAGAACAAGUGUAUGCAGAAACAAGUGCUUCUUCAUCUAAUUCAUUACAGUCUUCCGAAGAAGGAUCAUAUAAUUCCUAUGAUGAAGAGAUUGAAGAAGACAAUACUGAAUACGAUACGCGUGAAGUAGAUAGUGACGACGAAGAGGAUGAAGAAGAAGCAUAUGAAAAGAGUUCAAAUCUUUUGGAUGAAGUGAAGCCAGUAAAAAACCAUUGGAAUAAUUCUUUGUUUGAUACAGCUCAACAAGGUCCUGGAUUUAAUUUGGGUGGUUGGGGUGUUAGCACCGACAGUAGUUGGGCCACUCCUUCCUCUUCAACUUCUUUACUGGGCAGAUCUUCUGUUCGUAAACCUGUUUCAUUUGAACUAGUGCAACAACAACAACAACAGCAAUACCAUUACCACCAACCAUCACCACAACAACAACAAACAGAAUCAGCCCAAGCUUGGAAUGGUUUCCGUGAAGAAAAAUAUCAUAAUCAAUGGCAACAAGCUCCUCUGGAAGUCAACCAUCAUGCUGCCUAUACUAAAAAGACUCGUACCACAGCUCAUUUUAGACAGACUCCUGCUGUAGUUGAUAGUGAAGGUUGGGGUAGCCCACACACUUAUGUGGCCUGGAAUGAUGUUCAAAAACAAGGUUAUGUUCAAGACGUCUUAGAGCAACAAAAGAAAACUACAUUCUGGCGUCAAGAAAACGAUCAAUGGCAUGUCUUGAACAGUGAGGAGAAACAAGCCAGCCAGCAGACUGAUCAAUUCUCAAAAGCAUCCUAUACAGACACUGUUGUCAAUACGUUAUGUGAUGAUGAUUUUCCAAGCCUUUCCGAUGCUGCCAAGAGAUCGCCUAUUUCAGUAUCUGAUUUAAGAGAAGAUUUAAACGCAGAGCAAGACAGACGCUAUCAACAUAAUGACAGACAACGUUUGCGUCCUCGUUCAAGCUCCAUAGUUAGUUCUGAAGGCAGUGUUAAUUGGAAUCAAGACGAUGCAGAUGAUACAGUCAUCAAAUUACAUCGAGAUACACCUACAAGGUACUCAAGUCAAAGCAAAAAAACUGAACUCGUCAAUGGCAAUAAAUGGGCCACUGCAACCGAAUGGAAGACGCGCAAAGAAAACAAUGACGAAUAUCAUAAGCAUAAAGAAGCCUGGGGCACAGACAAACAUGCUACUACUAUCACUAAUACUAACACAGCCACACUUACUACUACUACUACUACUGCUGCUGCUGCUGCUGCUGCUGUUACUCAUACUACUAAUACUACCACACAUGCUCCUAAAGGAAGCUGGCAGGAUCAUUUCUCUGCUGAAGCUAUUGAAAGCAAAGAAGCCAAGAACGAAUGGUCUUCUUACUCUCAGCCAGCCAACAGACGCACCUUUUCCCGACCAGCACGAACUUCUACACCUCGUUGUUCCUCUGCCAAGGAUAAUGCAGUGUAUGAACGCGAAGUUAACAAUUGGAACGAGUUCAGCACAACCAACAGUAAUUCCUCAUUGUCACCUCGUUCUGAUACUGCUUCAUCUGUAAUUAAGGAAUUAAAGGCAGAUACGCCUAUUCUUGUGGACACUGAUAAUUCUCUUAUUCCCACCACUACUACCAAUGUUAUUACCCAAAAGCCAGAUAGCGUCUCAAAGAACGAUGUCUGGAGUUCGAUUGAUGAAUUGAACUUUAAGCAUGAACCUUCCAAGACAGCACAAACGUUUGACGAAAUCCUUGAUUGGAAUUCAGUCCAACAGAGCCUUCAUCAACCUCAAAAGAAACAAGAUGUGGAGCCUUUAUUCCAUUUUACAGAUGUUGUUUCUGGCACAGUAACUAAAGAAGAAAUCAAGCGACAAGAAGCUGCAGAAGCCAGUGAUGAUUUGGUCGACUUUGCUGAAUUUGUUGUUAGCAACAAUAGUAACAACAGUAACAACAGCAACAAUAACAACAACAACAACAAUCCUUCUGAAGACCUGUUGGAUGUAUUUGAUAGUUUUGAUUCUCCUCAGACGUCAAACGACAAUAUUAGUAUCAAUAAUACCUCUGUUGAUCAAGCCAUGUCUUUGUUUGACUUUCAACCACAACAAUCAUCAACACCACCACCUCUUCAGCAGCAGCAGCAACAACAACAACAACAACAAGAACAACAAGAACAACAAGAACAACAAGAACAACAAGAACAACAAGAACAACAAGAACAACAAGAACAGCAAGAACAACAAGAACAACAACAACAGCAGCAGCAGCAGCAACAAUCAUCAACACCACCACCUCUUCAGCAGCAGCAGCAACAACAACAACAACAACAACAACAACAACAACAGCAGCAGCAGCAAGAAGAAUCUCUUGUUAAAAAGAAAAGCAAGCAAGUAAGAUUAAGAAUACAAGCAAAGGAUAGCUCAGAAUUCCUUGAUCUUUAUUUACACAAUUAUGAUGAUAUAAGGGACUCAGUUGAAAAGUUCUGUCAAGACCAUGACAUGGUAAACUACGUCGAUGGAUUAUACCAACAGGCUAUUGAGAGAUGGACAGCACGUCAAACCAAGUCUAUCCUGGGCAAGUCAAAGAAGCCAAAGAAAAACAUAUAA